UAUGUUCUUUUCAGCAUCUAGUCCCAUAGUUCAGGCGAAAUGUUUCCUUCAAAAAACUUGCAUCGAAUGUCUGGAUGCCGAUAAAGAGUGUGCAUGGUGUACGGAUGAAUAUUACGAAAUGCAAAAAUCGCGCUGUAUGACGAAGCAAGAAUUGUUGGAAUCGAAAUGCAGUCCAUCCAAAAUUGAAACGAAUGAUAAUUAUUCUUUUUUGGAAAUCACGAAAAGCGAAUUACAUCGGGAUUUUGACUCUGCGAAGCUGGAAGCGAUACAAAUAUCACCCCAAAAAAUGAAUCUACGUUUAGGAAAAUUGGCCUCCAAAACCAUCUCGUUCAAAUACAAACCCGCCAAAAAUUAUCCCUUGGAUAUGUACUACUUGAUGGAUCUUACCUGGUCGAUGCGAGACGAUAAAGCAACACUGGAAAGCAUGGGUAGCCAAUUGGCACUGGCAUUGGCUAACCUGACGGCAAACUAUCAGCUUGGAUUCGGCAGUUUUGCAGACAAACCGGCCGUUCCGUUUAUUCAAUCCGAACCGCAUCGUCUCCAGAAUCCGUGCUAUUCGGAAAACGAUCAGUGUGAACCUACCUACGGAUUUCGCCAUCGGUUAAAGAUUACGCGUGACAUUAACAGCUUUAUUGCCCAGGUAAAAGGGAGCAAUGUUACGGGUAAUGUGGACAACCUGGAAGCAGGCUUGGAUGCGCUUAUGCAGGUGCUCGUAUGCGAGAAACAGAUCGGAUGGGGCUCGAAUACUCGCAAGAUUGUAAUAGUAGCUACGGACGGCUGGUUACAUAUGGCAGGCGAUGGGUUACUAGCAGGAAUCGUGGAAGAAAAUGACAAACAGUGCCAUUUGGAUGAGGAAGGCAACUUUGUAGAUGUGCUUAAGUACGAUUAUCCAUCGCUUGAGCAAAUCUGGCGUGUAUUGCUGCGCUCAAAAACGGCCGUAAUAUUUGCCGUAACGGAGGCCCAGGAAACCUACUAUCGCCGGCUAAGUGAACUAAUGCCAGAGUUCACUAGUGUUGGCCGGCUGCAGGAUGAUUCUUCUAACAUUAUCCAGCUGGUUGAUGAUGGAUAUCGCGAGUUUAUCAAACGGGUAGAGUUUACGGACAACGCACCGGAUUACCUUCAGGUGCGCUAUACUACCGACUGUGGAGGAUUGUAUCGCGAACCACAGCCGAUAAACAGAUGCGACAAUAUAGAAAUUGGAAAGGAAUACCAAUUCAAUGUGCAGCUUCAGCUGCUGGAUUAUCCAAAAGAUCCGUCGGUUACGAACAUCUCUGUUCGAAUUGAGGAGAAACUGAUCAGCAAUGAAGCUGUAGAACUAGAAAUUGAUUUACGAACAACUUGCGACUGUGAUAAAAACAAAAAACCAAUGGAGCUGAGUGAACUGUGCAACUUCAACGGGGAUUACGUAUGUGGACAGUGCCAGUGCUAUGUCGGAUGGAUCGGGAAAACGUGUGAAUGUAAUUUACAAAACUCUCAAAACCGACGAGAGUUAUUCGAGCAGUGUGUGGCUCCGAAUGCAGGCGACGAGCUGCGUACCGGCCCCAUUUGUUCCGAUCGAGGUGAAUGUAUUUGUGGCCAAUGCUAUUGCAAUCCCGGAUUCGAAGGCGAACAUUGCGAAUGUAACGAGUGUGCUAAGAUUGAUGGGAAGAUUUGUGGAGGAGUUGAUCAUGGCAUUUGCACGUGUGGUUCGUGCAGUUGCUUCGAUUCAUGGAGUGGUGAAAAUUGUGACUGUACAACCGAUACAACGGGGUGUAAAGCUCCAUCAACGAAUGCACUUUGCUCUGGACAUGGAGAUUGUACAUGCGGACGUUGCACUUGCAACGAAUCAUAUUUUGGACCGUUUUGUGAAACCAGGGAUGGUGAACAACCGGCAUUAUGUUCGUCGUACGAAGAUUGCAUACGUUGUGCGGUGUACGAGAUAAAUAAUAUACCCUGCCAGGACUUGGACAAAAAGUGUCGUGAAAAGAUUGGACUGUACAAGGUAGAGCUGGUUGCGCUGAACGAAGAACUUAAUCAGAACUCAAUCGAUGAGCCUCUGAAUUGUACUUUUCGAUUCAACGACGAGAAAAAUGUGUGCGAUUACAAGUUCUCAUACUCAAUAACAAACACCAGAGAAACAUUGUUCAAAGUGCAAAAUUUUCAAUGCAAAGAGAUUAAUUUAAUUGCUGCUGGAAUCGGCAUUGCAUUGUCGAUCUUUUUCGGUGGUUUAUUAUUGCUUGUUUGCUACCGAUUUAAAAUAUGGUACGAUGAUGAAAAAAUGUUUGCCAAAUUCGAGAAGGAAAGAGAACAGGAAACGAGAUACCAAAUGGAUAGUCCGCUCUACAAAUCGCCGAUAACAGAAUUUAAAGUUCCUGCCGAGAUGGAGUCUAGCGUUUUGUAA